AUGGCGACCAGCACUCGCGCGCCCGAGAAGUCGCCCUCCCCGUCCCGCCCUGAAGAGGUAGGCGCGGCAGUAUCUCCUCCCUCCCGUUGCACACCCCUUUCACUCCCCAUCCUCUCCGCCAGCCGUGCUCCCGCCCACCCCCCAACACUCUCCCCCUUUGCCCUUCCCCCUCCCCAACACUCUCCCCCCUUGCCCUUCCCCCUCCGCAUACAAUCCCCCCUUGCCGGGCGACGCGCCUUCCAUGGGGACUCGCGCCCGCAUGUUCACCCCCACGCUGCUGUGCCGGGAGAGGCCCCUUCCAUGGAAACAUCCGCCCUCGAAGGCAACCGCCUGCGCGUGGGCGCACUACGCACAGAGCCCAAUCUUUUGUGGGUGUCACACACUGCUCCUUCCUCCCCACUCCGAUCUUUUCCCCUCCCUUUUUCCCUCCCCCAGGUCCCUGGAGAGGCCCCUUCUAAGGCAACAUCCGCCCUCGAGACAACCGCCUCCCUCCUCAAGUCGUUCUGCCAGCACGUGCCGGGAGAGGCCCCUUCCAUGGCAACGUCCGCGCUCGAGACAACUGCAUCUCUCCUGGAGUCCUUCCGCCCGUUAAAGGCCUUCUGCCUUCACGUGCCGGGAGAGGCCCCUUCCAUGGCAACAUCCGCCCUCGAGACGACUGCCUCUCUCCUGCAGUCCUUCCGCCCGCUAAAGUCCUUCUGCCAGCACGUGAGCACGUGGGCGCACUACGCGCAGAGCCCUGGGCGCAUGAUCGAGACGCACCACCUCGUGGCGCGACUCACAGAGGAUGUUCUUCAGUGCAUCGUGUUUGACUCUGACCAGCCCAACGCUCGCAUCGUUGGAGUGGAGUACAUCGUAACCGAGGCGGUGUUCAAGAAGCUUCCGGAGGAGGAGAAGCACCUGUGGCACUCGCACUACUAUGAGAUCUGUGAGGGCCUGUGGGUGAACCCGGGGGUGCCAGAGACCAUGCAGCAGCAGGAGCUGAAGAAACUCAUUAAGACGUACGGCAAAUUCUGGAAUACCUGGCAAUUUGACAGGGGGGACCCUCUCCCCCUCGGCCCCCCUGCCCUCAUGCUCUCCCCCCAAGACCACCCCUUGGGUCGUGUUUCUCGUGCUCUGGUGGAGCAGAGGGAUGCGGCGUUGUGGAUAGAGACGGGGGAGAAGCGGGAGCAGCGGGCGGCGCUAGUGGACAAAGAGUGGGCGGCGACGGGGAAGGACCGGGCGGCGGACUGGUGGAUGGAGAGUGGCAAGGGGUGGGUGACUGAGAUGAGGGCAGUUGAGCUGGAGAGCAUGGGGAUGGGGAAGGGGGGGCAGGAGACAGGGGGUGUGCCGUCUGUGGUUAUGGGGGGAGGGGGAGGGGUGGAGGGGAAGAAGGAAGGGGAGAAAAUGGGGAAGGAGCGUGGCAUGGGGGUGGCUGGGCGUCCGGCCCAGUCCUCUGUGAUUACUCUUGAGUGA